AUGAACGGCAUGAACGGCGGAACCAUGGGCGGCGGCGCCGUCAUGCCCGCACCCACCCCCGCGGGCCACCAGGCCGAGCUCAACUACAUCUACGGCAUGGUCGAGGAGCUGAGCAGGCAGCUGGCCGACAACAGGCGCGUCACCGAGGAGAUUGUCAGCGGGCUGGGCAGGAUACGCAACAAGGCCAAGGCCCAGGGGCUGAGCAACGGCGACUUGAUCUCGUCUGCGGCGGACGACAUUAACGCCCAAGAGGCAAACCUCGACAGCCUCAUCUCCGAACUCUCCGAGUCGUUCGACCGCGCCAAGCACAGCCGCGACGCAAACGCCGCCCUCCUCACCCAGUACGCAAAUGCCCUGUCCCUCAUGCUCAAGCAGUUCCACGAUUACAAGGCCAAGCACGUUGCCGACGUCGCCGCCUGGCACCGCUCCUACCGCGCCCAGCUCGACGAGGCCCGCCGCGAGAACAGCCGGCUGCGCGAGCAGAUCUGGGAGAUGCAGACGCACGCCGGGCGCGCCAACGAGGCCCUGCGCACGUUCCGGCGGCGCUACGAGGAGGACGAGGAGCGGUUUAAGAAGCGCGUCGUCGACACCGCGCUGCGGCAGGAGCUGCGCUUCUGGAAGAGGAUGGCGAUGCCGGAGCUCGAGGACGACGAUCCGUACUGGAGCGCGGACGACGAUAUUAUCGACGAGGCGGAGAAGGAGAGGUUGAGGGAGUUGGAGUUGCGGGCGGCGCAGGAGCAGCACAUGGUGGAUAGCCAGGGCGAGGACAGCGAUGAGCAGCAGCAGCAUCACCUGUCGUCCAUGGGCAUCAUGGGUGGUGUGGCCAUGCAGAGGGAGGAGUCGCUGCCCAUACCGCCUCCUCGGCCGUUGAGUGCGGCGUCCAGUACGGGGUCAACCGGUCGGUGA